AUGCUGCAACAGCGACUUGCCAACCUCAGUUUGCAAUCAUUCAGAGUUGCCGCCGCAACAGCCGCUCCUGCGUUGGCGCGGUCCAUUCCUACAGCACACCAAUCGACCUCUUCACGACCCUUCAUACACACAACAGCUCGCUCUUCGCAAGCAGCGCCGGUCGAAUCUGAAGCAAAGGCAGCAUCAGCAGCACCAGAGGCAUCGGAAGAUCUCAAGUGGAAACCCACCACGCAGCGCGUGGGUCUCAUCGCUGUCAAACGAGGUAUGACGUCCUUCUUCCUUCCAAAUGGCGAGAGAAUUCCAGCAACCGUCCUUCAGGUGCAUACAAACCAGAUCUCGGCGCACAUCGGCUUCGGCGCUGAUGCGAACGAGUCGACGUACACCGCACUCCAGGUCGCCGCAGUCGAUACAAAGUCGACGGAUCACGUCACAAAGCAGAUCCAGGGCCACCUCAAAACGGCUGGCAUCUCGACCGGAAAGAAGAUCAUCCGCGAGUUUCCCGUCAGCUCGGAUGCCCUCGUGCCGCUCGGCACAGAGUUGUCGGCGGUGCACUUUGUGCCAGGCCAGUCGGUGGACGUACGCGCCAUCACACGAGGUCGCGGGUUCCAGGGUGUCAUGAAGCGCCACGGCUUCCACGGUCUGCGAGCAUCGCACGGUGUCUCAAUCUCUCACCGAAGUCACGGUUCGACCGGUGCCAACCAGGACCCAGGUCGUGUGUGGCCAGGAACCAAGAUGGCCGGUCGUAUGGGCGGAAACAAGCACGGCACCAUCCACAAUCUGCUCGUUGUUCGUGUCGACGCUGAGAAGGAUCUCAUCUAUGUCAAGGGAAACGUACCCGGUCCCAAAGGCGGCAGUGUCACUCUGCAAGAUGCUCGUCGUCCCAGCUGGAAGGGCCAGAAGAUGUACAGGAGGGGACGAUUGCCAACCGGCGAGGCGCUAUCUGGCAAGGAGCCAGACUCGAUCUACUUGGCACCUGGUGUUGAUAAGCUGCCGUUCCCAGCCGGCACCAAGGCUAUCGCUGACAAGCUCCCUGCCAUUGUCGAGAUCGGUCUGACGCAGCUCAACUCGGCCAACAAGGCAUGA